AGCGGCGGCCGCGGCUCCCCAUGGCGAACCAGUCCCAGUGCCUGGAGGACGCGCCCGGCCGCUGGCCCCCCGGGGAGCCGAGCUCGCCCGAGCUCUACAGCGAGGCGCAGCGGCUGGCGCUGGAGGAGCUGGUGGCGGGCGGCCGGGCCGCGUUCCGCGCUUUCCUGCGCCGGGAGAAGGUGCCCGGCUUCCUCUCGGAGCCCGAGAUCCAGGCCAUCCUCCAGGCGGCCGCGCCGCCGGCCGGGGCCGAGGACGGGGCGGCCGAGCCCUCGCUCAGCGCCUCGCUGGACUGCUCCUCGCUCACCUACUUCCCCGAGCAGUCGGACGUGGAGCCGCCCGUGCUGGAGCUGGGCUGGCCGGGAUUCUCCAGCGGCUCGUACCGCGGCCUCACCCGCGUGGAGGCGCUUUUCCAGCCCAGCUUCGGGGAGACCAUCUACAGCUGCAAGGAGGCGGUGCGCAGGCAGAUCCGCUCGGCCAGGGAGGUUAUUGCUGUGGUUAUGGAUACCUUCACAGACAUUGAUAUCUUCAAAGACCUUCAGGAAGCCUGUAGCAAGCGGAAAGUUAGUGUGUACAUCCUUUUAGAUCGUGCUUCAUUUCCCCACUUCCUGAAAAUGUGCAGAAAUCUAGGAGUUGAUCUUGAGCAGGAGAAGCUGAUGAGAGUUCGAACUAUAUCGGGAAACACUUAUUGCACAAGGUCAGGAGUCAAAAUUGUGGGGAAGGUCCAAGAAAAAUUUAUCCUGGUUGAUGGCAUAAGAGUGACAACAGGUUCCUACAGUUUCACGUGGACUGAUGGGAAACUAAGCAGAAGUAACAUCUUGAUUCUGUCGGGCCCAGCAGUCGCACACUUUGACCUGGAAUUCCGGAUCCUUUUUGCACGGUCAAAGCCCAUCAACCCCAAACUGUCAUCCAGUUGCAAGAAGAGUGGAAUGUUUAAUCAGCUGAUUAGGAGAACAAAGGCUUCCAGUGACUUGAUGAAGGAAAACUUCUUGAGAAUGGAUUUUUUCUACCUUAGAGCAUUUGUAGGAAACAUGAGAAGGAAACAGAGCUUCUUGUAUGCCUCCAGGGAGUCAAAGUGUAAGUCAAAUAUCAUCAUGCAAGCAUCUCCACCGUUGACUGAGAGGAAUGUCUCUGCAGUCAUGAGGCCACGUUGGAGCAUAGAGAGGUGAGCACUGUCCACUCAACUUGAAAAAUGAGAAGAGCCCACUGUGCCCAUAUCCAAUGUUGUAAUGAUAGCCACUGGAAAACAAACUUCACAUUGAGAGAAGGCAAUCCUCAAACAGUGGUUCUACUGAAGACCACUACAACUCAGGCCAACAAACAUAAGACUGGUAUUGUUUCUGUCUCCAAGGUGAUAAUAUGUGGAUAACUCUCUUGUUAACUUCUUCUAGUUUUCAGUCAUUCUCCUGUACUUUCCCAUCCUCUACUAGAUCAGUAUCAUCUUAACUCAAUGGCUCUGGUUAUUCUAAAGACUCUAGCUACUGAAAAGAACACUGCUUAAAGAUCUCCUUCUGAAAAAUAAAUAGAGGGGGGCACUCUUCUGCUCUGAAAUCAGGUCCAAGCUCAAUCUUGUGUUUGGCUACCUCUCCAGCCAGGGACAUUUGACUGAAAAAUGACAUGGAUAGCCAAACAUAACGUAUAACCUCAACUAGAUGGAAAAAUAUCGAUGUCAGCCUACUGGGCCUCAGACAUCACACCCUUUCUUCAAAUGAAUGGCCGCAGCUAGGUGGAGCAAGUUAGUGCAUCAGCUGCUUUGAAGCCAUGUUGGUCUCAGGAUAUUAGACAGACAAGGUGGGUGAGGUAAUAUCUUUUAUUGGAUCAACUUCUGUUGGUGAAAGAGACAUGCUUUUCAAGCUUGCACAGAGCACUGUUGUGGUUCUUCCUAGGCAACUUAUUACACAAUGCACAGUGAAGUACUUGAAGCAUUAAAAC